UGCACCUAUAAGAGGUGUCAAUCAUUUGUUACAAAACAGUAACCAGUUAAAUAAUAACCAGUUCAAUCGUUCACUUUGUUAUAUCGGGCAACUGCAGUGGUUUCGUGCUCUUUAAAGUGGUUCUUUGGAUUUUACGUUGAACCAUGGCCUAUAUUUAUUUGUUGUUCGUUGUAAGUUUCUGCAUGUGCCAUGCGGACAGAGACGACAAAAAAUGGGUUUGGGAUCAAAAUAAUCGAAAUUCGAAUAGCAGAAGUUAUCAAAAUCCGAAUUCUCGUUAUAACGUCUUUGAAGAAACUGAUGACUAUGUACCUGCUGGAUCUUCCCAAUUCUAUCCAAGCACCCAAACGCAGCUUAUAAACCAAAGACCUCCACCAGUGUAUAGCAAUAGACCUCCAGUUUCCGGAGCAGGAUUUAUUCCAAAUGAACGGCCUGGGGGAGUGUAUGCUGGAGGAAUAAAUCGACCAAAUUAUGGUGGUCAAGCUCAAUAUCACCCAGAGGAAGCAAAUCCUGGAGUGUUGACUGGGCCGGUUCCGUCUUGGGUUAAACAAGGUCCCAUCAAAAACUUCGACAAAUGCAAGUGUUCAGAAAAAUUCAACUGUAAUUCUCCUGGAAUCUCCUAUGGUCACUGUGAUGUUGGCAAACAAUACUGCUGCUAUUCAACUACUAAAGAUCUUGGUGGUCCGAUUCCAAGCAAGCCAGUACAUUCGAUAGAAAAUGGAAUUUUGGUCGGUCCUGGAGGUCCAGUUGACCCAAUUCCUGGAGUUAACAAUCACCAAAGGCCACCAAAACAAUUGGGUUCUGGAUUUUACAGACCUGCGGGAUAUCAAGGAUCCCAAGGAAGUUUAGGAGGAUUUUAUGGAGGCAAUCAAGGCGGUUAUAGAGAGCCCAAUGAAUAUUCCCCGGCUAAUGGAGUAUUGGUGGGACCUGGAGGACCCUACGAUGGUCCAUUCGGUUUGGGACGAUCAGCCAAGUCGAGUGUGCAAGCCAAAAAUUCUUAAAAGAUCUUCAAAAACCUGGAAUAAAAUCUACAAUACCUGCGACUGAGCAAUAGCUGCUCAUUGUCACAAGUUUGAAUAUUGGGGAAUUUGCAGAUCUUAAAUUACCUAAAAACAAAUCCAAAUAGCUGCGAUAAAGACUGGUUUUUAACGUUAGAUUAAUGUAUGCAAGAUUACUGAAAAUUUUUAAUAUAUAGUAAAUAUAGGUGCUAUUGCUUUAAACAAUAUACUGUAUAUAUAGAAAAUACUAUAUACUGUAGUUUUUCAACAAAACAAAGCAAAUCAACAGGACUUUUGAAAUUGAAACCAAAUCGAUAGGGGCGGUUUUAAUAUUUUACUUCACCUGUUGAUUCACGCAAGUGAAGCGUCCAUUAGAAAUAUCGAUUAAUUAAGGUUUUGAAUUCUGAAGCUCGGAAUAAUCUAGUAGAAAACGCUGUAUUUAUUUUCAAAUUAUAUUGUUCAGGUUUUAGCUCUAAAAAGUCAAAUUAUCUUAGUUUUAACAAAGUAAAUGAUGUUUUCCUUAUUUGUGUUUUGAGGCAAAAUAAAAUACAGAAAAACUUACAGUUUUAA